AUGGCACCACAUAGCCUGAACAUCGCCAUAAUCGGCAGCGGCCUCGCCGGCUGUCUCGCCGCCCGUAUCCUCCGCGAGCAACACACCGUGACCAUCUACGAGCGCGAUACCGCCAAAGCCGAAGCCGGGGCCGCCAUCAACCUCGGCCCCAAUGCCGUGCACAUUCUCAAUAGUGUAGGCUUUGAUCGUCGCCGUGCCUGCUCCAUCCCAGUAACUCGGGUUCUGUCGUACAACAAGCAAGGCGAGCUGACGCGGGAAUCCAUCCAUGAUUACGUCCAGGAGUUCGGAGCGGACUGGUUAUUUCAUCAUCGGGUGGAUCUGCGAGAUGAGCUUCUGCGGUUGGCUACGGCUCCGUCGGAGGAGUUGGGUUUGAGUGGUGAGCCGGCGAAAGUGCGAUAUGGGGCGAGGGUUGUAGGUGGGGAUGUUGAGGAGGGGAGGGUGAUAUUGGAGGAUGGCGAGGUGGUGGAGGCGGAUCUUGUUAUUGGCGCCGACGGGAUCCGAUCCAUCAUGCGCGGCCUCGUCGUCAACGACGACGCAUACAUCACCGCGCAGCCAUCAGGCUCCUCUGCAUUUCGAUUCACCAUGUCCCGCGAGAAGGUCAUCGAGCUACACAAUGGAGAAGUGCCCGAGAUAAUGGACUCAAGUAAGCCAGGCACUUUGAUUGGUGUAUACGCCCUUGACCCAACGGAGCGACGAGUGAUUAUGUAUCCGUGUCGGAACUACGAGAUCCUCAACUUCGCCGUGCUCGCACCAGAUAAUAUGCUGAAGGCACCGGCGUCAUCAGAUUCAUGGUCCGCGCCGGGCGACAAAGACGAGAUGAUCUCGCUGUUUACGGAUUUUCCAGAGUGGGUGGUUAAGUAUUUCCGUGCAGCAGAAAAUAUCAAGCUAUGGCAACUCCGCAUGCAGGACCCAUUACCCACGUAUAUCCGCGGACGAACGGUCCUGAUCGGCGAUGCUGCGCACGCCAUGACGCCUCAUCAGGGCCAGGGAGGAUGCCAGGCCAUUGAAGAUGCAGAGGGGUUCCGGCUUUUCCUUGGAAACCAUGUCACAAGGGAGAGUAUCCCUUCUAUUCUGGAGGACUUCGAUCGUGUACGCAGGCCCCGGGCGUCGCAGAUUCAGCUGAAUACUUCGCAAGCUACAGCGAGACACUCAGCGAAGGAGAUUUAUCGGUUUCGGAAAUUCAAUUUCACCUAUCAUGGGAUUUUUGAGGAGCUGAAGAGAAUCAAGACGGGUGAGGAAGUGGGUCAGGGGGAGCAACUCGAGAAGGAGUCUCAGCUACAUUCUGCUGUUGGAUCAUGUCGCUGUAGACCAUGUCAAACACACACCUAG